GGGUGUGGACGACAUUCUAGUGGCCGCCCAGGGAGCGACUGCAUUGGAAAGGAUGGAGCCAAUGGUGGCCGCCUCGACGGUGAAGGCAGAGUACAUGAGCGCAGCGCAAGCGGUGAAGAAGGCGUUAUGGUUCUGCAAGCUUAGAGGAGAUCUCGGGUUGGACCUGAGGACGGGCCAGAUCUACUGCCACAACCAUGUACGGGCAAUACGGCUUCUAAAGCACCCAAUCGCUUCACAGCGGUCGAAGCACAUUGAGGUGAGUUAUCACUUCGCACGGGAGCGUGUGGCACGCAAGGAGGUUGCGUUCGCGUACUGCAGGAUAGAGGACAUGAAGGCGGACAUCUUAACCAAGGCGUUGGCACCGGGAAAGUUCAAGAAGUGCAAGAGCGAGAUAGGAAUUGCCUAA